AAGAUAGGAAGGUGUCAGUGCGAGAUUGAAGGAGCAGAAUCCCUGAAUCCGCAAUGCUGUCCUCAUCACUUAUGUUCUUCUUUCUGGUCACCACUCUCAGUAACGCUGAGGACACCUGCUCAGGUGGCCUAGAGCAGCUGACUAUCCUGAAAGGAUGUCCUGGGACACCCGGAGCCCAAGGAGAUAAAGGAGAACGUGGACCUCCAGGAGAGAGAGGACCCCCGGGUAUCGCAGGAGCAGCGGGGCCUCCCGGACAGAAAGGAGAUCCAGGAACUCCAGGGCUACAAGGAGAAAAAGUUCUUGAGAUAUUGGACAUAAUCGUCGGGUCCCUUACUAUCAGAGGAGGUGACAGGACUGGUGGUUAUAUCAUAGUACAUCAGGGCCUUAUCAAUGCCUUUGGAGGUGGCCUAGAGCAGCUGACUAUCCUGAAAGGAUGUCCUGGGUCAGCGGGAGCCCAAGGAGAUAAAGGAGAACGUGGACCUCCAGGAGAGAGAGGACCCCCGGGUAUCGCAGGAGCAGCGGGGCCACCCGGACAGAAAGGAGAUCCAGGAACUCCAGGGCUACAAGGAGAAAAAGGGGAAAAGGGAGACUCGGCCUUUCCGGAAUCAGUGUACGCUGCCAGGAGCUGUAAGGAGCUGCAGGAUCACGGGGUGCUACUCAGUGACUGGUACACCAUAUACCCGUACGGCAACACCUCCAUGAGGGUCAUGUGUGACAUGCACACUGAUGGCGGAGGCUGGAUGGUAUUUCAGAGACGCUAUGAUGGUUCCGUUGAUUUCCUAAGUGACUGGAAGUCCUACAAGAUGGGGUUUGGUAGCCGCCUGACAGAGUUCUGGCUGGGGAAUGACAAUCUGCACCAGAUAACGUCAUCAGGCACCUGGGAGCUGCGGGUGGACCUACAAGACUUUGAGGCUAAAAACUCUUUUGCUAAAUACAAAUCUGUUAAAAUUAUGGGAGAAUCUGAAAAAUACAAAUUGAUACUCGGAAGCUUUGUGUCUGGUACUGCAGGAGAUUCUCUGACAUAUCAUAAUGGGAUGAAGUUCUCCACAACAGACCAGGACAACGAUGUAUUCUCCGGUAACUGCGCCCAGCAGUACAAGGGGCCCUGGUGGUACAAUAAUUGUCACUACUCAAACCUGAAUGGACAGUACCUUCCUGGGAAUCACACUACCUAUGGUGUAGGCAUUUACUGGAGAACUGGCAAGGGGUAUUAUUACUCCUACAGACAGUCUGAGAUGAAGAUUAGACCGCUGUGAUGACGCAGAGACGCUUCCUACAAUGACCCUGAUUGUAUGUGACAUAUAACUGCUGUGAUUGGCUGUUACUGCGCUAUAAUGAGAAUAAAUCAUACAGUGAUAUACGCA